AUGUUAAUUUUGUUUCUCAUUAUUUCUAUAUGUAUUUUGUGUCUAAUCUACUUGAUUAUUUUAAUUUAUUCUCGACCAUUGCAUGGCAUUCCAAUUGCUGAUCAUUAUAAUCCUAUUUUCGGUCAUUUACUAACAUUUCUAAAGAACUUUGAUCAUGUACAUGAUGCUCGUCUUCAAGAAGCACUUCGACAAGAAUCUUUGGGACACGCAUGUUUUCAAGAACUUCUUCCUCUACUUCCACCUCGUGUUGAUCUUCUUACUCCUGAACUUGUCGAAUUUGUUCUUCGCUCUGAAUUCAAUUCAUUUGAAAAAGGAUCUAUAUUCACAGAGCCUUUCCUUGAAGUGUUUGGUCAAGGAAUCUUGAAUGUGGAUGGUGCACAGUGGAAGUUUCACAGACGAAUGGCUCAACAUCUUGUCACUCGAAAUGGAAUGAAUAAAGCACAGGAAGUAUUUAUCGAACAUGCCAAUCGAUUCUUAAAACUAUUAAGAAAUGUAAAGAGUGCUGAUAUGCAAGUUCUCUUUCAUCGUUAUACUAUGGAUUGUACUUGUGAACUUGUUUGUGGCUUCGAUCUUGAUUCUUUAUCGACACAAUCAACUGUCCCAUUCGUAGAUGCAUUUGAUAAUGGCAUAGCAAUUUCCGUUCGUCGAUUUCUCAUGCCCACGUUUCUAUGGAAAUUCAAACGAUGGCUAAAUAUAGGCGAUGAAAAAUUAUUGAAACAGUAUUGUCUGGUGAUCAAUGAAUUCGUAAUGGAUAUUGUUAAGGAGCACAAUGUAAUUGGAGACGAUCUAUUAAGUCGAUUGUUAGAGGAAGAAAAUAUGACGAAAGAACUCUUACGAGACAUUCUAGUGACUAUGAUAGCUGCGGGAAGAGAUACAGUAGCUGUUGCAUUAACACAUUUAUUUCAUAUGUUGCAUAAGCAUCCAGAUGUUGAACAGAAAUUGAUCGAUGAAUUACAUGAAAAAGCAAAUAAUGUAAUCAGCGAAGAAAUUCUGUCCAAUCUUACAUAUAUGGAUUGCGUCAUUCUUGAGGUAUGCCGUUUAUAUCCUCCAUUACCUCUUGACUUUAAAGUUUGUGCAAGAGAUAUACAUCUUCCUGGAGCAACAAAUAUUCUAUUACCCAAGUCAACCAUUGUCUCGUAUACACCGUAUCAUUUUCAUCGUCUCUCGUCUGUUUGGGGUCUGGAUGCAAUGGAUUUUAUACCUGAACGAUGGUUAGAUGCCGAUGGAAAAGUCAAAGUGGAGAGUCAAUUUAAAUUUCUUUCAUUUAAUGCUGGACCUCGACUUUGUUUAGGCAGAGCAAUGGCAUUAUUGGAAGUGAAAAUAUUAGCUGCAAUUUUAUUGAAUGAAUUUCAUUUCAAAUUAAAUGAUGAGAAGAAUUUCGAUACAAGGUUCAAAUUCACAACUACUUGUCCAUUUGCCAAUGGACUCAAUAUGAUUGUUAUGAGAAGAGAACAUGCAUCGACAAAUUCAUAG